GAGGGAGACGGAGCAGCCGAGAGGUCAGCGCCUGCUCGAGUAGCUGCCGCACGCCGUACUCUCCGCCACACGCGAUAUCUGGCAAACAAUAGACACAGAAUCGUCCACAAUGGAAGCAGUGCAGGAGGUCAGCUUGGGCGCCAUGCUGGACGCUGGGGACGGCGCCGUGGUGGCUCUGGUGGCCGGCGACACGCGGCUGGUGGCGCACAGGGCCGUCCUGGCCGCCAGGAGCCCCGUGAUUGCCGACAUGUUCCGCCACGGCGCGCCGGAGGCCAGCAGCGGCCAGCUCACAGUCCCUGACGUGGAGGGCCCAGUACUGCAAGAGCUGCUGGGCUACCUCUACACCCUGCAGGCGCCCCAACUGCCCAGCAUGGCCCACCAGCUGCUGGCCGCCGCCGACAGCUACGGAGUGUCCGUCCUGAAGGCAGAGUGUGAGCAGCAGGUGGCUGCACAGCUGUCCAUCGAGACUGCGGCGGCCACCGCUGUCCUCGCGAUUAGGCACUCUGCUGACAGCCUGAAGCAGGCCGCCGUCGCCUUCAUUAAGGCCCACUUGGUCAGUGUGAUGGCCACGCAGGGCUGGGCAGAUGCAAUGCAUAGCCAGCCUGAAGAUUUGAUCGAAGUGUGUCGCCUGGUAUCUGAUCCACCAGUGGAAGCCAGGCUGAGAAAAAAUAUCGUUGAGCUUGGUAACACGUUAUUAGAAGAAACAUGGCUGCAAGAACUGACUGCUGAUAAUCCGAAGAUCAUUGCAGACGAAUCAGCGCAUUUUGCUGGAAAUAGUGUUGAAACACAUGUAUUUUGUACCCCGGAGAAGAGAUCGUACGCUACAAAUAUCUGCAACUUAGAGGAAAAGGAGUAUCAAGACUUUGGCUGCAGUUCACGCAAGCAGAGCUUUUCGUCAGACAAGAAGCUCAACACUGAUGGUGUUCAGUCAACAGCACAUAACUGUACAUUGUCUGAUGAAGUAUCUCUCAGCCAUAGCAGCUUCAGCACUCAUUGUGUGACGAUGCGAGGGAUUAGUAAAAAGGAAGAUCAAUGUGGCAAAAUCACUGAUAAACUUCGUAGAAACCAGUCCCAUGAAAUAAUGUGUGCUGAUGAGGGACCACACAAAUUCCAUUCUUCUACGAAAUCCUUCACCACAACUGAUAAUCUCAGUCCACAAAGAUCUGUCGUUAGCGAAAAAUCAGUAACUGAAUCAAAUCUUCUCAAAAAACCAACUUUAGUACAAGACAGUGAGGAAAUAAAAAAAUGUGAAGUUUAUGGGAAAUCCAUUAAUCAGUCUUAUAAUCCGAAAACAAGCAAAUUAACUCACACUGGCGAGAGUUCACACAAAUGUGAUGUCUGUGGAAAAUCUUUUAGUAAGUCAUUCCAUCUCAAAACGCACACCCUAAGUCAUACUGGCAAGAAUCUACACAAAUGUGAUGUUUGUGGAAAAUGCUUUACUAGGUCUGAUAAUCUGAAAGUCCAUUUACGAACACAUACUGGAUACAGACCACACAAAUGUAAGGUUUGUGGAAAAUCAUUUACUCGCUCUUGUAGUCUUAAAAAGCAUUGCUUAAUCCAUAUAGGAAAGAAACCUUACCAAUGUGAUGUUUGUGGAAAAUGUUUUACUCAGUCAGCCCAUCUCCAAUUGCACACAUUAAGUCAUACUGACCAGAAAGUGUACCUAUGUGAUGUUUGUGGGAAAUCUUAUGCACGGCCUAAUGUUUUCAAGUCACAUUUAUUAAUACAUCAUAAAGAGUGACAACAUAAAUGUGAUUUUUUGUGAGAAAUCAUUUAUUAGGACUAGUAAUGUCAAAAAGUAUCAUUAGUGCAUACUGUCGAAAAAACUCACAAAUAUCGUGUUUGUGGGAAAAUGCUUUCCUACAUCUGAAAAUCUCAAAAAAUAUUUACUGACACAUACCGUACGGCGAAAAGAAAAAUGUGAAGUUUGUGGAAAAUCAUGUACUCUCUCUAGUUAUCUCAAUAUGCAAUCCUUAAUACAUAUAGGUAAGAAACCCUACAAAUGUGAUGUUUGUGGGAAAUCUUUUACUCAGCUUAUCCGCAAUCGCACACUAUAAUUCAUACUGGCCAGAAACUAUAUCAAUGUGAUGUUUGUGGGAAAUAUUUUGCUCGGUCAGAUGUUUUAAAAGGGUUUUAAUACAUAGUAGAGACAGAGCACACAAAUGUGAAAUCUGUGAGAAAUCAUUUACUUAGCUUACUUAUGUCAAAAAGCAGGCAUUAGUUCAUUCUGGCUAAAAACCACACAGAUAUCCUAUUUGUGGGAAACCCUUUGCUGUGUAUGAUGCCCUCAAGAAGCAAACCUUAAUACAUAACAUCAAGAAGCCAUCCAAAUGUGGAGUUGUGGGAUAUCAUUUACCAUGGCUAGCAGUCUCAGGACUCAUGCUCUAGUACAUAUGGACGACAGAUCACAUACAAGUGUCAUUUGUGGGACAUCCUUAAUUAAAUCUAUUGAUUUGAAGUAGGGUAUCCUUAUACAUACAAGUAGGAAACCAUCCAAAAUCAUGGAAACUGGAUACAAAAGUGACAUAGUUCAAAUGGGAGACAGACCUCACAUGAGCCUGCCAGUAAGCUUAAUUAGAUCAGUAGAAAUUGGCAGAGAGAUUUUAUAAAUGAGUGUUAGUUGACAUCCAUAGCCCAUAGAUCAGUACUCAUUUCAGGGAAAUUAACUUAAUUUUCUAUGUAAACCUUAUAUCGAUAGUUGUAAUUUUUGUGGCAGUGCCAUUGUGUGUAGUGCAUAAGAUUCAAGUAUCUGGUUGUUUUGUAACAGAUUUUAUUGACUAUGUUCUAAAAGUGACAGAUUUGUAUGUACUGAACAAUGUUCACAUUUCUGUAUUUGUAUCAUGUUAAGUGUGGCAAAGUAUAUACCUUUCCACUUGUGUGAGCUUUUCUAUUGGUUAACUAAUAAAAUUACAUCUGAAUUUGGCAUAAUGUAUACAAACUCUCCAAUUUACCUAUAUGCACAAAGUUUUCAAUGUCUGAUAACUAUAGCUGUUUAAUAUACUCUAUUAAAGAACGAAAGUUAUUCAGUAUUCACAUAUGUCUUCCAUUUUUACCAAAGCUGGAGUGGAACAAUGUGAAGAAGAUCGACCGCGAUAUAAAAGGAGACCAGAUAGAAUAAAAGAGGAUACUGUUCUUCUUGUGGCACAUUUGGCUAAUGUAUCAAAUUUUAGUUUCUGAAUUUUUAAGAUAUGAUUAUGACAUUUUGAGAUCAGUGAUCUAACCUUAUAUGUCUUAGUGUUAAUGUUUUAUGGAUUUUUUUAACUUUUACUUAUUGAUUUUUAUAAAUUUGUAUUUAUAGUUUCACCAGUUUGUUCCUAAAAGCUGCUUUGACAUUGAGCCUUGUGGAAUUAUUGUUACAACAAUUUGAGGUAUCGUUGUUAGCAUUAGUAUGAGGGAUCCAAUGUUGCUGUCAAUUUACUUUAAACCAUUGAGCUACUGUUCUUUUAAUCAUGGUGGUAAGAAGCAUAAAUAACUAUUCCCUUUGUAUAAAAACAAAAGUAAGCAUAAUUUUGUGCUGGAUACUUUUCAUAUAAUUUGGAAGUAUUGGUACACAUUAAAACAUGAGUUUGUAGUUUUGAAUUUCUGGUAGUUUCUCAGUUGUAAAACAAUUCUUUUUGUGUCAACUGGGAAUGACAUAUGUCAUCAAAGCUGGAAAAUGGAAACGAAAAUGAUGUGUUCCUUCUAACGAUUUUCUCGUUAUCUAUGAAUAAUACAUUGCUAUUUGCCCAUUGUAUACAUUAAUCAUUUACAACUGACUCCUACUGUCUUCCUAAAAAGUGUUAACA